AUGUCUAUUUUUAAUAAUAAUAAUGAAGGACCACGACCACUUGAUCCCAAUGAUGUGAAUGAAUUGAAAGAUUUUAAUGAUAUUAACAAUGGCGUUAAUAAUAAUAUAAUACCAAUUGCAAAUAUCAAUCAGUUUAAUGGAGGUAGAGGAGGUGAAUUACCUCCAGAUCCUGAUUCUAAUGUAGAUGCUUCGGCAAACGGUGUCAUUCAAACUGAAAACAAUACUGAUAUCAUCGAACUCUAUCCAGUCAGCGAUAACUUUACAUAUUUUGGCAGUCCAAGCUCGGUCAUACCUGAAACGUAUGGCGAGCGAUUCACACACAACAAUAGAGGAGUCAUAGACGGAGAUAUUUCAAUGUUUAACAGCAAGACUGAACUUGUAAACUCAGAGAUCACCUCGAUCAGUUACAAAAAAGAUAUAGAAAAGAUAGCUAAAUCUGUUGGUAGAUUAUUUAUAAGGUAUAAAGAUGAUAAAGACAAUCUAUUUUGGUUUACAGGAACUGGAUUUUGUAUAUCUAGAGAUAAAGUCGUAACUGCAGCACAACUAGUGAGACCAAAGAAACAAAACAAUGAUUCGACACUGACGUUGGACAAGAUAUUCAUAUUUUUCAAAAGCGAUGCAACUGUAGAAGAGGAGAUAGAGCUAUCGACCAUCGAAAGAGAAGAGGAUUUCUAUGAAUUGCAACCAAUAGUUGAUUUACAACAAUAUCAAAAUCAUAAACUGACAUACACAAAGAAUCAACAGCAUUACAAUUGGUCGGUGCAACACAGUCUCGAAAUUUUGCAAGUUGUUGGUAAUGCACCUGCCAAUGCCCAAUAUAUUUUACCUGCGUUACCAUCGAUAGCACAUCCGAUAUUGACCAACUCUGACUCGAACAAAUUCUACCUAAUAGGCUAUCCACUGUAUAUAGAAGAAGAUGAAUUUAAGAGGUGGUAUAAAGACAGCAGAAACAACAUAGACAGAGAAUAUGAGAUUAAUUUCAAUAAUUUAUAUAAGCUGGCAUCGAGAUACACCAAAGCAUUUCAACGUAAGACCAUUUCAUUCUCGGAAGUCGCUGAUAUAUCGGACAACGAACUUAGUGCGCAUCAAAUACCCUCGUUGGCCGGUUGCAGUGGUGGUGUGAUCGGUUCUGUAAGAAAAGGAAAUCAAUUCUUAGGAAUUCACAUUGGAGGUGUAGAAUCUCUUUUUACCAACUUUGCAAUCUCUGUAACGCACCCACUCUUUUAUGAAAUCUACAAAAAAUAUGUACUAUCAGAUCCUUCAUUCUUGGAAAAACAUGAACCUAUAUUGAAACCAUAUAUUAAUUAUUGUGAAAACAUCUUAAUUAAUAAUAAUAAAAAUAAUAAUAACGGUUAA